CCUACCGUCUUUGAACGAUCUUUGAAUCAGCUUUGAUCGUUUUUUUCGUCUUCUCGAUCUCUCUCCCAUAUCACACAGCUCAAUAUACAAGCACGGGCCAAGACACAGUGGCAAUCGAGAUAGUUUGAUCUACCGGCUUCGUCGGAACGGCGGACCGUACUAAUAUGGUGGACAAGCGAAAGUCGCCAACCAGCGAUUCGGAAGCGAGCGACUCGGGCAGCGACGACGAUCUCGAGGCUACCCCCAGUGGUCCUGGACCUUUGAAAAAGGCUAGGAUCGACGGCCCUCUGAACGGACAUCGGCAGCAAGAUCUCGAUCAGGUCGACGACAGUUCUGACGAAGAUGAAGAUGCUGAUGGCGAAUACGUACACGCCCCAACGAGGGAAUUGAGUGCUUUGCAGUCCGAAAUCAGUGCAGCCGUGGAGGAGGAUCGUAGACAGGUUAGAGAGACGAAUAGAACCAGACGGGGUGCGGGUCAAAACGUCGGAUCGGGAGCCAGCGGAAUUAUCAAACGGAUUUACCUGGAAAACUUCAUGUGCCAUGAGAGGCUUUCGUUCGAUUUUGGGGAGAACAUGAACUUUGUGAUAGGAAACAACGGAAGCGGCAAGUCGGCGGUUUUGACAGCCGUCACGAUAGUCCUGGGAGGAAGGACGAGCAGCACAGGCCGUGGUUCUGGCAUGAACGAUCUGAUUCGAAGUGGGGCUCACAAAGCGGUAAUACGAAUCGUGCUCAAGAACACUGGUCGGAACCCUUAUCGAGCUGACGUGUGGGGGGACGAGAUCACCAUCGAACGUGUUCUCGCCAGGGAAGGCGCGAGUUCGUGGCGAAUCCGCUCAGCCUUGAGCGGCGAGAGGAGCAAACCUCUCUCGACCAAAAAGGAGACGGUGACGGCCAUGACGGAUCAUUUCGAUAUUCAGGUGGAUAAUCCCAUGACAAUUCUCACGCAAGAUAUGAGCAGGGCGUUCUUGGGCUCCAGUGAUGCGCACAAGAAAUACGAGCUAUUCCUCAAGGGGACCUCUUUACAAAAGUUGAUAAACGAUUACAACGCGCUGGAUCAGAAGACCCGUCAGAUCGAUGCCAACCUCGGACGGCAAAAAGACGGGCUGAAGGAUCUACUUCAAGCUUCAGAAAAGUGGAAGAAGCUGCUCGAGCAGAUGCAGAGCGUACAAGCACAAGAGGAGUUGAUCGAAGAGUUGCACAGAGAUCGGGCGUGGGCUCAUGUUAGGGACAAGGCCAAGGAACAUGCGGAGAAGAGCGAGGCUUCAGAAAAGGCUCGCGCCGAGUUCGAACUCGCUCAAAAGCGCUUCGAUGACUUUGCAGGCAGUACUGCCGAUGCGGAUGCACUGAUUGAGGAGACCACCAAGGCGCACAGGGAAUUCCAGGAAUCCAACGGAUCGGUAGCGGAGGACUUGCGCAAGGUCAUCGAGAAUUACAAGCAGGCCAAAACGACGGAAGGGACACAGAGGAGGGCCAUCGCAGACCUAUCAACUUCUCUGGUGGCCAAGGAACGCUCUAUAACCGAGCUCGAGCAAUCGAGAGAUGCGGAAAUCCAGAGGACUGGACACGCCGGCUUUGCGGAGAAGCAGCAGGAGCUACGCAAUAGCAAGACGGAUUUUGAAACGAAGUUGACAACGGUACAGAAGCAAUUACCCUCCCAUGAUCAAAAGAUCCUGGACGCCAAGGCUGCCUACGAUACAGCUCAAUCUGCCCUGAGAAAGUGUAAGGGAGACAAGUCACAGCUGGAAGAAUUCGCUUCCCGCGCUCAAGCUCAGCUCGCGGCGGCCCAAAGAGAGCAGUCUGGGGCGGGUCAGGCUCGAAUCAAUCGUUACGGCCAGAGACUCCAGGCCGUCUACGCCGAGAUCGACAGGGCGAGAUGGGAGGGUGGGAAACCGAUCGGCCCCCUAGGGUUGUACGUCAAGGUCAAGGCGGGUGAAGAGCAGUACAUCAAGGUCAUCGAGUCUGCUCUGGGGAACAAUCUCGUCGCGUGGGCUGUUCGGACCGCAUCCGACCGUACCCAGCUUAUGAACAUCUUCAAAAACUGCAUCGAUCAUCAGCAAACUGUGUUCGAGACAGGAAAGAACGAUCGCAGAGCGUUUCCGCCGAUCCUGACACAUGUCGGUGAGCUUUUCGACUUUUCUCAUGGCGAUCAGAGACACCUCCACAAGACGCUCUUGUCUGUGCUCGAGAUCGAGGACGAGCACGUCGUACGAUUACUGGUCAACGCCGCUACCAUCGAGAAACUUUUCGUAUCUCCAACUCGAAAACAGGCCGAUGAAGCCGCUCGACAAAUGGGUACUAUGCAGACAACCUUCCUGACCGGAGACAUGUUCAGGGUGAACAGCACAGGGGGAGGUGGGCAAUCGAGCGCUCCCUUGAACAAUUGGGCAGGUUCAUCCAUGCUUUCCACCGACCUUAAAGCUGAAAUAGAAGCUCGGGCUGCUGCCGUUCAAGACGCACUCAGCCAGGUCCAGGAAGUCAACGUAGAGCUUCAAAAAUUGGAAGCGGAUCGUCAUGGCAGGGCCGAGGCAGUGGCCAAGGUAGAGAGAGAGAUGCAGCAACUAAGAAAUUGGCAGAGGGAAUACCGCGCCAAGAUCCAGCAGAUAGACCAGCAGCUCUCAGCCGAAGAACCCGUGAGCGUGUCGACGUUUACGGAUGAGAUCGAGCGUAUCCGUCAAGCCCGAGCGCUGGAGGACGAACAGUACCUCUCACUCAAUGAGCAGUUGCAGCUGACCCUAGCACACGCCGAGGAACUCAAGAUUCAAAGAGACCAACUGAAGACUCGACGCGACAACUUCGCGCAGCAGUUGAACGAGCUUGCAAAAGCGGUCGGUGUGGCCAGAACCCAGAAGGACGAUCUUCUCAAAGGGCAAAAGAACCUUGCAUCGGUCCGCACUAAGAAGGCUGAAGUCGCAGCAGCUAAAGCACAAGAGCUACAAGCUGUCGAGGUUGCCCUGGAGGAAUGGACGAGGAAAGCCAGGCUAUAUUGUCCACAAGAACGGAACCCGACCGAAAGUAUCGAGAGGCUCAAGAUGAGGAUAGCUGCUGCCGAGAAAACUAGGGACAAGGGGAAUGCAAACUUCAAGUAUCCCUUGGAAGUCGUCACCGUAAACUUCAACGAAGCUGCUGGGAAAUACGCGCAAGCUAAGAGUAUUGUCCGAGAAGCGACAGCUGCAGUACAGCGCCUGAACUCGACCGUGAAUGACCGUAAGAGAGACUGGACCGCCCUACGAGCCGACGUCACCAUGCGGACAAGAGAUGGCUUUUCGGAUUACCUCCAAGUCCGCGGCUUCUCUGGCAACUUGAUCAUCGAUCAUACCCAUUCGACUCUAGACAUGAAGGUCGACACGGAUCUCUCUACUCAAUCGAAGCAUAGCAAGGAGAAGGAUACUCGCUCUUUAUCGGGUGGCGAGACAUCUUUCACCACACUAUGUCUGAUCCUGGCUAUCUGGUACAACGUCAAGAGUCCGCUUCGAUGCCUUGACGAGUUUGAUGUUUACAUGGAUGCGGAGAAUAGGAAAUUGGCCAUGUCGCUGUUGGUGCGAGUCGCGACGGGCGUCGAUGUCUCUGCCGGAAAACAGCUGUCGAAUGGCGGCGACGUAGUAGGCAAGCAUGGUGAUGAGCGUCAAUACAUCCUGAUCUCCCCGCAGGAAAUGUCUGGGGCUAAACUGCCGCCUACAGUCAAAGUUUUGCGUAUGCCGGAUCCCGAGCGAGGCCAAACCAGGUUGACCACCACUUCUACCUGAACGCCAUGUCGCCUGGAAUUUCUGAUCAAAUCCCCUCAGAUCGCGCCUGACAUGAAGUUGUAAGAUCAUAACGUUGAUCACCUGUACAUGUGUACAUCAGUAGCAUCACACAAUACCUCAAAUGUGCUUGAUCGUGA